CAAAUGUCAUCUUUUCUUCAGCGUUUUCGAAUUGUUGGUGUUUUCGCGUAAACAAUAAGCGAAAACCCCGUACGUUUCCAGACAAUGGCCAAAGUUGGAGCAAGCAAAAUGAUUAUUUUGUUAACCGAGAGAAGAGAAGGCUGUAAGGCUCCUGGCAAGUGGUCUGCCCAAUUAAAUAAACUUGGAGCCUGAAUGACGCGGAUUACUUCGCUUCGUAACGUGGGUAAACCACAUACAUCGCUUGUCAUUGGAUUCACAGUACGACUUGUCUUUCAUUUCUGAAUGACUUCCUUGACACCCGUCGUUUCUCUGCGUAAUUAUGCUUAUUUGUCUUUUCUCUGAAUGCAUAAUUAUGACAAACGCCUUGUAUUUUACACUCUUUAUCAUCUAAAAUGAAACUAAAGAGAGAACUUCAUGUUUAACUUUCCACAUUGAUAAAAUGCAACCGGCUCUGUUGACUUCUGUCAAAAGUUUGAAAAUUUCUCGUUUUAUGCUGCGAUAUCUAAUGCCAGCAUGGUUAGUUUUCAUCGUUUUGUCAUUUAGCCUUUAUCACCAAUCGCCGAAGAAAGAAGAAUUGACCACGCAAGUCAUAAGAAAUUUGAACCGCAGCUUCAGGUUUUUGUCAAAGACUGAAACCUUAAGAGAACGGUUUAAGACAGGGAAUGGACUUGUGGGUGCGAUAAGAAAAAAUUCUGGUCGGACCUCUGGCACGGCGGUUUGUGUUGUAGAUCCAGGAAUGACUGAAUGUGGGGGCAGUGGUUUUUCUGCUUUUCUCCUUUUUACCUUAGAUCAUAUUAUGAUGUGUCGUGCUCUGGGAAUCAACCAACAAACUAUAUUCUGGAGGGGAUGUAACUCCGCUUGCUCGCAGGAUACCGCUGAAAACUCGUGGACGUGGUAUUUCGAACCUGUUAACGAAGGAAUGGAAUCGAGAGUUGAAAAUGUCUUUUGCCCUUUAAGUCUUGGUGAGGAGAAUACAGAGGAAGUCGGAGGACAAGUUUCUAGUCACGUGGAUCAAGCCGAUUUAACUACAAUUAUAGAUAACAGUUUUAGUGAUAGAAGCGACUUGGAGGGGUAUAAUGAAAGCAGAAUAAUAACAACAGCGGAAAGAAUCCGUGUAAACAAGUUAAUUCGCCAGUAUGUAAAACCCAAUUAUCGAGUAAGAGAGAAAGCUGAGCUAUUUCACCGUCGAAAUAUGGUGGGGUUCACUGUUUUAGGAGUUCAGGUGCGAGCAACAGAUCAUUGGAUGGAAGCAAAAGAUCAUAAGCUUCCGUCCAUGACAAGUUGGGUGGAGAGAGCACAAGAAAUUCUUAAAACUUUGCGGAAGCCAAGAAAGAUUUUCAUCGCUAGUGACAACAAUGAAGUUAUCCAAAAAUUUGUUGGUGUUUUUGGAAAAGAAACGGUUGUUUUCACAGAAGCUUUCCGAUCAAAGGAAUAUCACAGUCAAUUGCCUCCGCAUAAAUUUAAGUUCAAAUACAAUGCAACUCAUCCAUAUGAGCGAAAAAUUGGCACUCAAGUACUUGUUGAUAUUCUGCUAUUAGCCAAGUGUAACGUGUUCUUACAUGCCGAGUCCAGUGUAGCCGCUCUGGCCAGCUACUUCAACCCGCAUAUGACUAGCUAUUUCAUGGAUGAAAGG